AUGCCCCUGGAAGUGUUCAGCAGCUCCGACGCGUCGGUCAGCAACGUCCCGGCGGGCGACUCUUCCCCCGUCGCGACGAGAGAAGAGCUCUUGGCCAAAGCCGCAGCCGAAUCCCGCGAACAGGAAUCCCAGGCCGCAAAACUUGCAUCAAUGGCUUCACCCCUCGAGGCUAAGAGAUUGCUGCAACAUGGAGCGUUCCUCGUCGAGAGCCUGACCGGCAUACCUGCGGUCAAUCCGAACUGGCCUACGGACGUACAACGUUGCCCAAACGUCCCCGCCGCAAUGCCGACACAUGAUCCCGCUUAUACUGCUCUACUUCGUGUGUACUCGGUGGCUAUAAAUCACGCCCUCGUUCCCAAUGUCGACCUCGAAGAAGCCCCAGAUGGAAACGCACAGGACCGUCGCCAAAGCGUCGACCUUGUCUCCAGCCGGAGGAAGUCGCCGCAAUCAAGGUCCUCGUCGGUGCCAACGUCAAGCAGCGAGGGCAUUACAGCCGGCAUUAUAGACGGCGUCAUAGACAGCAUCACAGUCAUAGCAGGCUAUAACGGCUAUAAGGGCAUCCUAGCUACCCAAUUCGAGUCAGGCCAGCUUAAGGCGGCUCAACGCAAGCGUUCGAAGGCGCCGGGGGCGCGACGAGAUUAA